AUGGAACAGCGCUCUAACGUUCUUCAAUUGAAAUACAAUGAGUACAAACAAAUCAUGGAAGAUCUGCAGUCCAAAAUCAUAGAGCUAGGAAAUGACAAGGAUGAGCAUGAUGUGGUCUUAUCAACGCUGGUAGCUACGGAUGCGGAACGUAAAUGCUACAGAAUGAUCGGUGGAGCAUUGGUGGAAACAAAUGUGGGUUCUACAAUCCCGGUCCUCGAAACUAAAGAGAAAAAUCUAGCCAGCACAAUAUCCGCAAUGAAAGUCGAACUGAUAAAAACUGCGGAGGAGUUCGAAAAAUGGAAAAAAGAUAACAAGAUUCAAGUGGUGAGGCAGUGA